GUUUUGCUUGCAAAACCCAUGGUCACUGCUUGCAUCAAAAACCGAGAAAACAGAAAGACAUGGAACAAGGACACAAGUCAGCAGGCUAACAGGUACAGCAGAGCAGAUAAAAACCCAGAAGGAUAUGGCUAGGUGCGUCGUGACUCCAUCCCCUAUUCAAACUCAGACUCGCACGCAUAGAACUGGCAUCAUAAGAUGCUUCUCUGUAUCGGCUCUCAAGGUUUCUCUGCCGCCUGCAAUUCGUCCCCGUCUUACUCCGAGAAUCUUUUGUAACUACGAUGAUCCCAAUAGCAACAACCAGAAACAGCCCUCUUCAGUUCAGCUCUAUGGUGAAAUUGAGAGAUUACUUACAGAGACUGUAAGGCAAUCGCAAGGUGCUUGGGGUGGUUCAAGUGAUUGGAGCCAAGUCGAGGGAGCAUGGGUUCUCCAACCAAAACACUCAAAACCUAAGUCAGUUGUUCAUUUUGUUGGUGGUAUAUUUGUUGGAGCCGCUCCUCAGCUUACCUAUCGUUGGUUUUUGGAGCGCCUUUCAGAAAAGGGUGUUUUGGUGAUUGCGACACCAUAUGCUAGUGGGUUUGAUCACUUCUUCAUCGCAGAUGAAGUCCAGUUUAAAUUUGACAGGUGUUUACGGUUCCUACAAGAAACAGUGCAUGAUCUUCCCACUUUUGGGAUUGGCCAUUCUUUGGGUUCUGUCAUCCAUCUUUUGAUUGGAUCAAGAUAUGCCGUGCAAAGAAGUGGGAAUGUAUUAAUGGCAUUCAACAACAAGGAAGCAAGCUUAGCCAUCCCGUUGUUCUCACCUGUUCUUGUGCCAGUGGCCCAAAGCAUUGGACCCAUUCUAUCACAAAUUGCAUCGUCACCCACAAUCCGCAUGGGGGCUGAGAUGACACUGAAGCAAAUAGAGAACUUUAGCCCUCCCAUUAUGAAGCAGGUUCUUCCUCUAGUUGAACAACUUCCUCCCUUGUACAUGGACUUAGUCAAGGGAAGAGAAGAUUUCAGUCCAAAACCAGAAGAAACUCGACGACUUAUAAAGUCAUACUAUGGCAUUUCGAGGAAUCUUCUAAUAAAGUUCAAAGAUGACUCAAUUGAUGAAACUCCAAAGUUGGCUCAGGUGCUAAGUUCAGACUCAGCCAUCAGCUCAAUGCUGGACAUGUCAAUUCGAUUGUUGCCAGGAGAUCAUGGGCUUCCUCUACAACAAGCCCUUCCAGAUGUUCCACCCGCAAUGGCCGAUGCAGUAAAUCGUGGAAGUGAGUUUUUGGCAAAUCUGACUGUGGGAACACCGUGGGAGACUGUUGCCAAAGAAGUCAGCAAUACAUUAGGUACGGACUCGACAGUUCUUCGUGCAGAAAUUUCUAAGGACAUAGCCCUUCUUGUGGACGUGAUCACUUCCUGGAUGGCUUCAAAUUCAGGUCCAAAACUUUUAAGGGGUUGAUGAGUAGGAUUGAACUCCAACUAAAAUCAACAAGGAGCUGGUUUGUUCUUACUGGUGAGGAGCUUAUAGCAAUCUAGAAUGUUAGAAGAUUGUCCUUUUAACAUUUAUAUAACAUGCCAAGGAUGUCCAGUUACAGAAAUGACUUGAACAUUAACUUCCUCCAAUUUGUAACCAGCAAUUAUAUAUAUAAUUAUCAAUAUAUACACACACAAACACUAGCAAAGAUCCCUCCCUCCAUCUCUCAUCUUUAGA